AUGUGGACUCUCGAGAAGCGUGACAAUUUAUGGAUCCUGACUCUCUCCGGCGACGACCAAAACCGCCUCAAUCCAACCCUAAUCGAAUCUCUUCUCUCAACCCUAUCAAAUCUCGCUUCUCAAUCCACUCCUGGCUCCGUUCUCAUCACCACCGGCAAAGGAAAAUUCUUCUCCAACGGCUUCGACUUGCCAUGGGCUCGCGCCGCCGGCUCCAAAUCCGCCGCAAUGAACCGCCUUAGCUCCAUGGUCCAAUCCUUUAAACCCGUCGCAGCGGCACUGAUAUAUCUUCCUAUGCCAACCAUCGCAGCCAUCAACGGCCACGCCUCCGGCGUCGGAUUCUUGCUUGCGAUCUGCCACGACUAUGUCUUGAUGAGGAGUGACCAUGGCGUGAUGUACAUGCCGGAGGUGAAUCUCGCGCUGCCGUUUCCGGAUUACUUCGCUGCCGUGUUUAGAGAGAAGAUCAAGACGCCGGCGGUUCUGCGUGAUGUGUUGUUGGCCGGCGUUAAGAUCAAGGGGAAAGAGGCUGUUAAGAUGGGGAUUGUGGAUUCGGCGCAUGAUAGUGCGGAGACUACGGUAGAGGCUGCUGUGCGCCUGGGGGAACAGUUGGCAGAGAAGAAAUGGGUUGGUGAAGUGUAUGUAGAGAUAAGGAAGAGUUUGUAUCCUGAUACGUGUAAGGUUUUGAGUUUGACUCCGAAACCACUCAUAUCUAAGAUUUGA